AUGCUGGUUUUGGCAUGGAAUGCCUCAUGUCUUUGUAUUACAGUAAAUAUCGUAUCUGGUUUCCUUGCCUGCAAAUUUAAAUUGUUUGUCUCCUACAGGAUUAUUAGUGAUUGCAGAAUCCCAGCUGUAUGGCACCUCAGCUUACGGUGCACCAAGAACUGCUAUCCUUCAAUUCUCAAAUUUAUAAUUAUUAUUUUACUGCUACUUUCUUCUACUAUAAUUAUUUAUCAUGAAACCCGCAAAAUAGAUGAAGACACUUCCUAUGCAAAAUACGUAAAAAAAUAUGAACAGUACGGUGCUACAGAUACCAAUGAUCCCAACUUGUACUUUGGAAUUGUAUUGGAUGCAGGGAGUAGUGGCACGAGGGUGUUUGUAUAUUUUUGGCCACCUCACGAUGGCAAACACAAUAAAUUACUACAGAUACAGCAAAUGAGAGAUAAAUAUCGAAAUCCAGUGGUAAAAAAAAUCAAACCUGGUUUAUCAACUUUCAAAAAUAAUCCAGAAGAUUCCAGUGAAUACAUAAAACCAUUAUUAGAGUUUGCUGCAUCCCACAUCCCCAAGAAAAAGCAUGUAGAAACACAGCUAUACAUCCUAGCCACUGCAGGAAUGAGGAUGCUUCCUGAAAGUCAGCAGAAAGCAAUUCUUGAUGACUUACAGCGUGAUGUACCAAAGGACUUUGAUUUCUUGUUCUCUGAUACUCAUUUUGAGGUGAUCUCUGGCAAGCAAGAGGGCGUCUAUGCUUGGAUUGGUAUCAACUAUGUUCUGGGAAGGUUUGAUCAUGCCGAUGAUGACGAUCCCAUUGUCGAUGUUGAAAUGCCUGCAGAGGAAGAGGCAAAAUCAUUACUGGCGGAGUUCAGCCUGGGCUGCGAUGCACAUCAUAUGGAGCAUAAGUACAGGGUCUAUGUUACAACAUUUCUUGGUUUUGGCGGUAACGCUGCAAGAAGUCGUUAUGAAGAUAUGCUAAUUAAAUCUAUGUUGUUGAGUAAUAGAAGUUCUUUGACAUCACUAGGCCUGAGUCCUGUCUCGCCAAUCCUGGACCCAUGCCUGCCCACGGAAAUGCAGAGCACUAUAAAUUAUAGAGAUAAAAUAUACCACCUACAAGGAACAGGAGACUUUACAACAUGCCACCAAGUAAUUCAGCCAUUACUGAACAAGACUGUUCCUUGCCAAAAACAACCCUGCUCUGUCAAUGGAAUAUUCCAACCAGAUAUAAACUUUGCAAACAGUGAAUUCUAUGGGUUUUCGGAGUACUGGUAUUGUAUGGAGGAUGUUUUACGCAUUGGAGGGCCUUAUUCAUAUGAAAGAUACCAUAAAGCAGCUGCAGAUUUCUGUGCUACACGGUGGUCUUUAAUAGAAGAACAUAGAAAAAAAGGACUUUAUACAAAGGCAGAUGAACAUAGAUUAAAAUAUCAGUGCUUCAAGUCAGCUUGGAUGAUGGCUGUAUUACAUAAUGGAUUUAAAUUUCCUAAAGAUUAUAAAUAUUUUAGAACAGCAAGUCUUAUACAUGAUAAAGAAGUUCAGUGGACAUUAGGUGCAAUUUUACAUAGAACGAGGUAUCUACCCCUCAGAGAAAUACAACAAGGGUCAUUCCAAAAAAAUUACCAGCCACCCUGGAUUCCUGUGUCUGUGGUCUCCUACGAGUAUCUGCUCAUUCUCUGCUUUAUUAUUGUACUUACUGCAAUCCUUCUAUUUCUUCGACGAUUGCGUGGUAUGACGCGAGGGCGUGUAACGCUUAAAAGAGUGCCCACUAUGGCUUACUACAUGACGGAAGAGGGACAACAACAGGAUGGGAUUCAUGAAGAGUACUUUAAUGAACCUUGAACUUUCAUUAAAUGUAGUUCAAGGUUCAAUGAAGGGUAGCUUACUUUGAACCUUGAACUUUCAUUUAACUUAAUUCAGAGUUCAAUGAAGAGUACUUUAAACCUUGAACUUUGAUAUUAAAAUUCAGGGUUCAAUGAAGAGUAACUUGAACUUUGAACUUCCAUUAAAUACAGUUCAAGAUACAAUGAUGAGUACUUUGAACCUUGAACUUCUAUUAAAUACAGUUCAAGGUUCAAUGAAGAGCAAUUUGAACCUUGAACUUCCAUUAAAUAAAGUUCGAAUUUAAUGAAGAUUACUUUGAACCUUGAACUUCCAUUAAAUAAAAUUCAAGUUUCAAUGAAGACUACAGUACUUCGAACCUUGAACUUUUAUUAAUAAAUAAUAUUUGUAAUUACAUAAUGCUUUCUUAAUUUUUAGGAAUUCCUUAUUUGGAUCAUACUUUAAAAUACUUAAUGAUGAUAUCUUGUGAAAUAGUAUCGACAAAAUAGAAAUACACUAUGUCCUGUUUUCGUCCAAUCUAAUGACAAAGAAUAUCUAUUGGACAAAAUAAAUUCAGAGAUGAUUUCAAUCUGAUUUUUUUUUCUACCUUGUCUUGAAUAAUUAGGAAAAAUGGGAGAAAACUUUUUUUUAACUCCAAAAUGUUUAUACUAACUCACUAUGUAUUGUGAAAACAUAGGCUAUAAUAAGCAUCAUAUUAAUGUUUACAAUAUAUACAAACCACACACAAACAUAGCGGUUCUGGUCUUGGAGUGUCUUCAGUAUAUUUAUUCUCUAUUUAAACCACACCCAUUUUGUAAUAAAGUGAAAAGUUAUGGCUGAAGAUUUUUUUACUGUGUACAACAUAAUAAGUAUAGAUCAGAUCAUGUGGUUCAACACAAACUAUUGUUUAAAAGACAAUAUAUUUUUUGAGUGCUUAAUAUGUAUAUUUGGGGAUUAAUAAAUGUUCAUUAUAUUAUGUGUAUUUGUAUAAUAAAUAUUAUACUGCGUUAUUUGUGUGGAUAUUUCUCGUAAGAAUAUCCAGUUUCAGAAUAAUCCUUUUUAGAAGGAUUGUUGGAAAAAUUAACUAUUUAAGGGGUCCCAAGUUGGAAGAUGCCACUUCAAGGUGAUCUGUUUAAAUGAGCUAUCUUAACACAUCUUAAGGGUUAUAUGCACCGGGAUAUUAACAUGAGGUGCUAAGGUUGGGGUGAACAAUGGGGAAGUUAGUGAAUAUUACUUGGGUGGUUCAGGUGUAAUGUGAUGAGUGUAAUUUUUUAUUUUUUUAAUUUUUUUUUUGCUCAUCAGAUUUUAAGUGGCACCCAUUGCAUACUGUAUGUAUUUUUAUUAUUAGCUGUGUUGUCAGAUUUGUGUUUUUACGAGAUGUUUAUUUUUAAUCGUCUGAUUGUUCCAAGAUUGUUAAUUACGCAAAGGUGAAAGUAAAAGCUAAAACAUUUACAGUUUCAAGUAAAUUCAUAAUUAAUGUAUUGUUUGUAUAAUCAUGUUUACAUUACUUGUAGAAAUUAAUUACUGAGCAUUUUUAUGUACUGCAAUAUAAAUCUAGAGAUUUAUAAGGGAACAAAUAUAAAAUGCAAACAAAUCAAUUACACAUCCUCAUGUAAGUAUUGCAAAAUAAUCGUAGUGGAACUAAACAUUUUUGCCCUUGUGCAGAAGAUUAUUUUUGUUUGGAAAGGCGACGAUCUUGACCAAUGAGGGGGUGUACACAGAUGUACUGUAUUACAUAUAAGCAUACAGUCUUCUGUUGCAAUGUAUGAUAGUUCAAAUAUUAUAUUGUUAUGGUUUCAGAGAAUUGUUUAAAAUUGUUUGAUCUGAAUACGUUUUUAUUUAUGGUUUUGUAGUCUUUUGCCAUCUGCGAUUUAAAAUUUGUUUGUGGGGGUUGUGGAGGAGGAAAUGGUCUGCAUAUUUUCAUGGGAUUUUUCUAUUAUAUCUGUUUGAUGUUUUUUAUAUUUGUAUAUUUGUGGGUUUUUUAAAAGUCAUUUUAUGGAUUUUAUUGUCUUUCUUGAAUGAUAGGGACCUAACUACAGUAAGGAGAAGUUGUGCAAUGUAUUAAGAGAUACUUUGUCUUAUAUUGGUUUUUUUUUUAUUCCUCUGUUCUCAGUUUUUCUUUUAAAACUCAAAAUGUAUCUCAAAUAUCAUUAGUAUACAUCAUGUUUCAUAGACUUGAAAUAAAAAUUAAAGUAAUGCAUA